AUACCAUGUGAACCUGUUGCUGGCGGGCUAUGAUGACACAGACGGCCCUGGUCUCUACUACAUGGACUACCUGUCUUCCCUGGCCAAGGCCCCCUUCGCUGCCCACGGCUACGGAGCCUUCCUCACUCUUUCCAUUCUUGACCGAUACUACAGACCAGAUCUGACUCGGGAUGAAGCCAUAGAUCUGCUGAAGAAGUGCAUUGAGGAACUCAACAAACGUUUCAUCCUGAAUCUCCCCUCCUUUACCGUCCGUUUGAUUGACAAGGAGGGCAUCCAUGACCUGGAGAAGCUCACCCUCGGCGCCAAGUGACCGCACUGCGUAACUUCCAACCAUCAUGCCCUCGUUUCUUUCCCUCUAUUUUUUUUUUUUGUGUACCAGUGACCUCCUGCUUUUUCUGUUCCAAUAAAAAGUGACACACAGUUGAGAUACAA